AUGAACAUCUUGACAGGUAGAAGGCUACUGAAUACAGCCUUUGUACGUUUCUCUUCUACAUAUCGCACCGUCAAUGUUGGACAGCCAUUCACAGCGGCACAUCGUGUCUACUUGGAGAAGAAUGGCAAAGUUAUUUCGCCAUUCCAUGAUAUUCCACUCUACGCUGAAGGUGGUAAAGAAAAGAACAUUGUAAACAUGGUUGUAGAGAUCCCCCGUUGGACAAAUGCCAAAGUUGAGAUUUCCACUGGUGAGAAAUACAACCCACUUAAGCAAGAUAUCAAGAAGGGCAAGCCUCGAUUUGUCAGAAAUUGCUUCCCAUACAAGGGAUAUAUCUGGAAUUACGGUGCUCUACCUCAGACUUGGGAAGAUCCAACAUAUAUUCAUGCCGAGACAAAUGCAAAGGGCGACAAUGACCCAAUUGAUGUCAUUGAGAUUGGUGAAGCAAUUGGAAAGCAAGGCGAGAUCAAGCAAGUCAAGGUAUUGGGUGUGAUGGCCAUGUUGGAUGAAGGAGAGACGGAUUGGAAGGUGCUCGCUAUUGAUGUCAAUGAUCCCAUGGCAUCCAAAGUGAAUGAUGUCAAGGAUGUGGAUCAGCACUUUCCUGGAUUGAUUGAUGCUACCAGAACCUUCUUUAGGGUAUACAAGGUUCCUGAUGGCAAACCAGAGAACACGUUUGCGUUCAAUGGAGAGUGUAAAGACAAGGCCUUCGCGCAUUCAGUGGUAGAGGAAACCCAUGCAGCUUGGAAGAGAUUAAUUCAAGGACACGUUCCUUGCACAACCGAUACUUAUAAAUUAGAAGUUCAUAAUAUGACAGUAGAGAAUUCGCCUUAUAGAUUAGAAACAGAUCAAGUUACAUUGAUCAAGGAGGACACGGUUCAUACUGUUAAAGAGGAAGAUGUCGCUGAAUAUGACCCCAAGUGGUACUUUGUUUAG